GGGGGUCAGGGUGUCCGCUUUUGUUCUGCAGAAAAAGGGGGCUUGUUCUUAGCAGAGCUGCCUGGGUGUGUGAGCGCGGAGCGGUGUGGGAUGGGAUGGGAUGGGAGCAGAGAAACGAGACGCGGAGCGUCCAGCCUGCAGUCCUGCCACAGGGAGCGGAGCAGCAGCAGGAGCAGGGUUAGGAGUAGGAGCAGGGGGAACAUCGAAUCACAGUGGCAGCACGGUCAGAGAGGAUUCAGCUGCGGGCUCACACUCACCUGAAGGCCGCAGAUGAAGACAAGGAUUAGCGGUCCCGGAGGAGCUUCAACAAAACCUGCAGCGCUUUUCUCAAACUUCUUUUUAUUCUACAAGUGCGCUUAGACUUCCCCGAGCCGACUGACUGAAGUUGACAUUUUUUCUCUGAUCAUAGAUAUUUUUGUAAUUAUUGCAAUUGCUUAUUCCGGUCUCUGAUUUGCUGAAAAAUGCCAUUGAUUGGCGUGUGUGAGCCGCGCUGUCAAUACCUCUGACCUUUGGAGGAUUUCGCCGAAAUCUGCUGGACUUAUUGACUCGAUUUGAAGUGUUGGAAGAGCUUAACUUUUGCAACCCUAAACGGACACCUGUCAGUAAAACCCUCCAUCCAAGAUGCGGGCCAUCCCAUCCAGACUCAGCUAUCUGUUUCUGUACCUGUUUGCAUUCUGCUUCUAUGCUCAGGUAACCAAUCAGUCCCCGCCUAAUUUCACGCAGCAUGUAAGCGAGCAGAGCAAAGUGACGGACCGGGUGAGCCGCAGGCUGAUCCGGAUCUACCAGCUGUACAGCCGGACCAGCGGCAAGCAUGUGCAGGUCCUGCCCAACAAGAAGAUCAACGCCAUGGCCGAGGACGGAGACGCGCACGCUAAACUCAUUGUAGAGACCGACACAUUCGGGAGUCGAGUUCGCAUCAAGGGAGCUGAGACGGGCCUCUACAUCUGCAUGAACAAGAAGGGAAAGCUCAUUGGCAAGGAAAAUGGACAGGGCCGCGAUUGUAUCUUCACCGAGAUUGUCCUGGAAAACAACUACACGGCCCUGAGGAAUGCCCGCUAUGAUGGCUGGUACAUGGCCUUCACUCGCAGGGGGCGGCCGCGCAGGGGCUCCAGGACACGCCAGCACCAGCGUGAGGUGCAUUUUAUGAAAAGGUUGCCAAGGGGGCAGCAGCCCACCCACCCAGGCCAACAUCGGCCUUUUGACUUCAUUCACUACCCUUUCAGUCAAAGAACUAAACGUACACGAUACUCUUCACAGCGCUGAGGAUGAAGACCUAAAAACAAAAAGGGAGAAAGACAAAACAAAAAUAUUGACUGAAGUAUUGAAACAUCAAGCGUUCCUCUCCAAAAAGAAGCCUUCUAGAUAUUUUUUCAUACUAUAUCCUAACACAUAGCUUAU